GUGGAAGAGCAAAGAUGCCAACCCCGAACAUCUCCACUUCUGCAGCCAAAGGCUUCCGCAGGGCGGUGUCAGAGCUGGACUCCAAGCAAGCUGAGGCCAUCAUGUCUCCGCGGUUCAUUGGUAGACGUCAAAGCCUGAUUGAAGAUGCCAGGAAGGAAAGAGAGGCUGCAGCUGCAGCCACUGAUGCUGCAGAGUCUACAGAGACCAUUGUCUUUGAGGAGAAGGAUGGGAGAGCCAUGCUGAACCUCUUCUUCAUGCUCAAGGGAGCAAAGACUUCACCACUGUCCCGUGUACUUAAGGUAUUUGAGACGUUUGAAGCUAAAAUUCACCACCUGGAGACCAGGCUUAGCCGGAAGCCCCGUGAAGGGACCGCUGAACUGGAGUACUUUGUGCGCUGUGAAGUCCACAGCUCUGACCUCAAUACUUUCAUUAGCUCCAUCAAGAGGGUAGCAGAAGAUGUGAGGACCACUAAGGAAGACAAAUUUCACUGGUUCCCCAGAAAAAUCUGUGAAUUGGACAAGUGCCACCAUUUGGUCACCAAGUUCGACCCUGACUUGGAUCUGGAUCACCCGGGCUACUCUGAUCAAGUAUAUCGCCAGAGAAGGAAAUCAAUAGCAGAAAUUGCUUUUCACUAUAAGCACGGGGACCCAAUCCCUCGUGUGGAGUACACAGCCGAGGAGAUCGCUACCUGGAAGGAAGUGUACAGCACCCUGAAGAGCCUGUACCCCACCCAUGCCUGCAAGGAGUACCUGGAAGCUUUCAAUCUGCUGGAGAAAUUCUGUGGUUACAAUGAGAACAACAUCCCUCAGCUGGAGGAGGUCUCCCGCUUCCUGAAAGAGAGGACUGGUUUCCAGCUCCGGCCAGUGGCUGGCUUGCUGUCGGCGCGGGACUUCCUUGCCAGCCUGGCCUUCCGUGUCUUCCAGUGCACACAGUACAUCCGCCAUGCAUCCUCGCCCAUGCACUCCCCUGAGCCGGAUUGCUGUCAUGAGCUGCUGGGGCACGUCCCAAUGCUGGCCGACAAGACAUUUGCCCAGUUCUCUCAGGACAUUGGGCUGGCGUCUCUUGGAGCAACUGAUGAAGAGAUCGAGAAGCUUGCAACGCUUUACUGGUUUACAGUGGAGUUUGGGCUCUGCAGACAGAACGGGAUAGUUAAAGCCUAUGGAGCCGGACUCCUGUCCUCCUAUGGGGAGCUCAUACACUCCUUGUCAGAUGAACCAGAGGUGCGGGACUUCGACCCUGAUGCUGCUGCCGUUCAACCCUACCAGGACCAGAACUACCAGCCUGUAUAUUUUGUGUCCGAGAGCUUCAGCGAUGCCAAAAGUAAACUGAGGAGCUACGCAGCACAUAUCAAGCGGCCCUUCUCGGUGAAGUACGAGCCCUACACCCACAGCAUCGAGCUCCUGGACAGCCCUCAGACGAUCUGUCACUCCCUGGAGAGUGUAAGGGAUGAGCUUCACUCACUGAUUAAUGCGCUCAACGUUAUCAGUUAAUAUGAGAACUGGGCUCUUUCCUUCUCCUCUUCCCUUGCAGCCCCAAACCUGCCCGCUCUGCCCUCGCCUAGUUCCCAGCUGAUAACUCCUACCUGUCUUCUCCAAACACUUGCACUGCUGCCUGUCAUCACACAACCCCGACAGCUUUCCACUUUUGUAUGUAGGGCCAGCUCGGAGGAGGGCAGAGGGAUGGACCUAAGGCCUGCUGGUGUUUUGGGUAGCUUUUCUCGUGAUUUAGCACAGACCAAAAACAUGGCCAGGCUACAAAGUUGAAAUCAAGAGCUGUGUGCUAACCUCCUGGGUGUAAGGAAGAGAAGAAAAGCAUCUUUAUUUAAAAGAAAAAAAAGAGAGAGAGAGAGAUAAAAUCUAUUUUUUGCAGUUUGAGAGAGUAAAUUAUUCUGCUUUUUUAGCCCCAGAGCAACUCCUAUAGCAACUUCAUGAAGAACUCCUCAGUCCUCACCAUCUCCUGCCUCUUAUAGUCUUGUACACUUUGAAAUGCAGAGCUGCUCUAGAAGUUUUUCUGCCUGAAUCAACCCUACAAGGUUUGAAAUUUCAGUUCCAAGCCUCCCCUCAACUUCUUACACAGGGGGGAUGCUUAGGCAUGAACCCCUAAUCUGCACUGCACCACCCCAUCUGGCUGCGUUGUAGCUCCCCUGAACCUCUAAAUUGACCUAAGCCAGGAGUUGCCUGUCUGGCAUAGAGCAGCCCUGAUCCACCUGCAUCCUCCCCAGCACAAGCACCACAGAGCAAGCCCUGUCCACCCCACAUCAGAGCAUGGGCAUCCCCUUCAAGCCCUCUUUUAAAAGCUGCCACAGCAGGGAGUGCUCCAGAUCCCAGCUACCAUCCUUCACAGCAGAUAGCAGUCACAGCUGUUGAUGCUCCUGCAUGGCAGGAGGUGGCCCUGGGCAGCCUUGGCAUCUUCUUGGUGUCCUGAGUUUAUUGGUUAUUGCAGACUGAGUGGAGUCACUGGUGUCUUGAGUCUGCCAGUCCUUGGGAGGAUUUCACGUGUUUUCACUUUUCCAGCCUAUUACACAGGUACAGACAGCUUUGUCUUGUUCUUAGAUAUCCCCAAAUCACUGUCACCGGAUGUAGCUCAGGUGUGUGAUUAACACUAUUGUUGGCCAUUUCUGUGAAAGGUAACACAUGGUUAGAACGCUCAAACCCAGUUUCAUCCAGCUUUCACUGUAGAUAUUAAUGGCUUGAUUUGACCCAAAGCUCUCAGCUUUCCUCCCCCUGCUUUUGCCCUUCUUAUCUUCUUGCAGGCUGUCUCAUAACUUAGCGGUUUGCUCAGAAGUUUGGCCCAAGGUUAUGCAGCUGUGCAGUAUCAGAGCUGGGCUUGGGAUGUGUGGAGGCAGCUAAACAGCUGUGGGGGACAGUGAAGGGGAGAAUUACACAUACUUGUUUGCAUGAUCAGUUAUAACAUUUCUGUAUAGACUUUUACCAUUCUUAUCCACUAUAUAUGAUUUUUAUAAUUUCUUCUUCAAAGAAAUGCAAGGCUUAGCAGUCAAAUUUUGGCUUGUAGGUGUAAGUAUCCUCCAAUACUUAUAUAUACCAUUGCUUUCCAGCGUUACUUCUAUUGUGGUUCAGUCAUAGUAGUUUACAAUCCACUACACUUUAUCCCAUUUCAAACCAUCACAUACCAGUUCUCUCAAAUUUUAACUACUUAGAUACUGGCAGCACUUAGUCUCCCACCUGCUUCAAUCCCUCCUUUCUGUUUCCUUUCUUAUUUGACACCUCUCUUAAACUGCUUAAAAGACCAUUACUGAAAUCAGCAGUUCAACACUAGGGCUAGCUGCUUCUCCUCGAGUUGUUCCUCCUCAGAGGAUUGUCCCGUAAAUGAAUAAAACUACUGAGUUCAUUCAGUUAUUGUAAUUUUAGAGCACUUUUCCAAAGCUUCAGCUGUGAUUUCCCAAUCUGGGUGGAUCCAGAUCUUGAGCUGUAACUCUCAAGGCUCCCUUAAGAGCUGUAACAAUUUUUAAUUCAGGGUCUUAAGUUAUUAUUAUUAGAUUAAGUAGCUGGAGCAAGCUAUGCAAGACUCAGGCAAGUUAGGUCAUAGGUUAGCUAUCUAGCCAUGAAAAUCUGAUUGGUGACUGCAGUAAAACAGACUGAAAUCAAGAAAAUAAAGCUCCAAAAAAGCAAGAUGUAACAAUGAAGCCUGUAUAGUUAAUGCACAGCUUAUGGCCUUGUUAGCAAUAGCAAUGCCAUGUUACUGGCCUGCAGAUCGCUGUUCCUCCUCUCCUUUGGUAGUCUCUAACUUCUGGGUUACUGCCCAGGAGUGCAGCACGGAUGCUGCAAACCCUUCAGCAAUGCCAGGCUCCUGAUCAGGACUGAGCAGGGAGUCUCCAUGAAGGUGAUCACUUUCUGGUCUGGCCUCGAAACCCAGAAGGUGGUCACCUCUACUUCUUCAAAGCACGUCACAGUCAUUAUCUGCCUUGUUAAAUGUCUAAAAUUAAUGCAAUUUAUAAAAAGACUAAAGCUGUUAAUAUGGAGUGAAAAAGCUAAGUUAAAAAUACUCGCAAUAGCAGGAGCCCUCAACUCCUCCGCCUUGCCUCAGAGUCUGCAUUGCUGCUCCGUGACUCUGUCAGCUGUUGCUUGUUCGAGGAGCUGUAGUAAAAUCUGUUGCCCUACGAAAAUAGAAAAUAAGCAAAACUCCAAGCAUAAACCAGCCCCGUUAGUAUGCGAGCAUAUAAACAGAUCUACUGCAGCCGUGCAGGAGGUAAACACCACGUGGGCUGCAGCCCUGGCUUCCCAGAGAUGAGGUUGUGCCGGGGAGAGCUGCGAGUGUGGGGGAUCAGGCUGAACAGGCGCCGAAGGUUCCUCUCUGGGGCAUUUUCUGUGUCUGUGCUCUUGACAAAGUCAUGACAGAUUCCAGAAUUUUUUUGCCCCUUAGGGGGAUAUCUGAGAAACACGAACCCGUUUGUAUUUACUAUUGCCCUCAUCUAUUUAAUAACUUAGAGGACGUAUCCUAUUAGUAACAUAAUAGGUCCCCUUCCAUUUUUUCUCUAAGGAUUGUUCCUUUUUAUCUGGUUUCAAAUACAUUUCUUGGCCCCUUAUUUCAUAAGCCGUAUAUGAAUUGGAUUCUUCCCUUCUCAUUUUACUUUUUUUUCUCCUAUUACUUCUUCUUCCCAAGCCUUGUUUUCUUCUUUACCCUGCCAUAAUAUUUUAGGAUCUUGCACGUAGGGCCACAAAGGAACUGGCUAUCCAAACAAAAUAUGAUAGGGUUGUAAACCAGUCCUUAAUCUGUCACUGUUACUUAAAGCUACUAAUACUGAAGUUAACUUUUCAGCCCAUCGUUUUGGAUAUUGUUCUACAGUUUUCUUUAGUCUAUUUUUAAUAGUCUGACUCAUUUCUUUCUGCCAGUCUGGAGGUACGGUAUAUGCAGUCCUUGCUUAAUCCCCAGGUUACUCAUUAAGGCUCAAUUUACUUCACUUACAACCUCCCCUGCUCUUUGUCUCAUCCUUUCUCAGCUGCUGUUCCAUACCUACAAACAACUUUCUUUAAAAGCAUUAUAACAGUUCCAGUGGUUGUAUUGCUUUUAGGUUGAAGAGCCUCAACCCAUGCUGGAAAGAUAUUUAUGGUGACAAAGAGAACCUAUUACCCUUCUUUAGUUUGUUACAGUUUAUCUGGAUGAUCCCUUUGCCAAAAUCCUUUGUUUAGCCAAUGCAGUACAGUUGGCAGCUUUCUUAUACUAGUCCACUUUUGCAUCAUUGCACACCUUAUGCAGUUUUUAUUUAUGACGUCUUUUAUUUCUUGCUUCAUUUGGGGCCAAAUAUAAAUUCUUUGCACUCUUUUCAGAGUACCCUGUACUCCUUUAUGUACCUUAUUAUGACAGUCUAAGACAACGUGCUCUCCUUCACCCAGCCACGGUAUCCAUCUCAUCUUCUGUUUUAGCUGAUUCCUGGUUGGAGCUGCGAUAAACAAACUCUGCGUCAAUUACCUGCCUGCUCACUGAAUUGUUUCUCACUAUUGCUUUCAGUCUUCUCAUGUACUUUAACAUUCUUUACAUAUAUUUUAUUCCCACUCUCCCUCUAAGCUUGUAAAAAAAAAAUUUCUUCAGAGUAUGAGUAGACUGGGGUACAACUGGACUAUUGAGGAGGAACGUCUCGAAGACUUUCACAGCCCAGACUGCCUCUAACCAGGAUUUCUCAUGGCCAAGGUAAUUUGGUCCAGCCCCUGGAGAGGGGAGGACUACGUUACUGGUAUCCAUUUUCCUUCACUAUUUUUCUGUAACAUUACUGCUCCCAGAGAAUCAGCUCAGGUUGAAACUCGUAUUACGAAUAAUUUUCUUUUCACUGAGAAUUUUAGUGCAGGAGCUUUUCAAGCAGCUUCUUUCAUGUUAGAUAAAGCAUCAUCUUGCUCUUUGCUACAGCUCCCUUCCUGAUUCUUUUCCUGACAUUUCCAUAAUGCUCGGCUGGUACUAGCAAAGAUGGAUACCCGCCAUAAGAUACUAAUACAGUUAUAGAUAUGCUGCCAUAAGAAAUUAAAUCCUCCCAGCGCGCUUCAGAGUUGGGACCGAUUAGUGGGAAUCUUUAUUUCACAGAAAGCUUAACCUUUCUAGCACUUAUCCAUCUUCUUGUUUCAUCAGUUUCAGUCCCCAAGCAGCUAACCUGGGGUUGCGUUGAUUGUGCCAUAUUCGAAUCGACUUUAAAUCCUGUUUGCUCUAUUAAUUUUAAAACCCAGCCACUUCUCUCUUGUACCUCUUCUUUCGUAGCUGAAGUCCCCCAAAUAUCUUCCACAUAAGACAAUUUCUUUUCUUUGUCCCUGGAUACCAUCAUUCAAACACUUUUGUAACGCAAGCAUGUGCAGCAGGGCAGGUGCUUAGCCCUGUGGGAUGCAAGUAAAGGUAUAUUGUUUGUCUCUUAAUGUGAAAGCAACUCUGUAAAUUGCUUCUUCCCCUGCAUUUUACCAUAUGGGAGUUUGCUGUGAAUCGUGGGGGUGCAUUUGUGCCGCUAGCUCUCCUAAUUCAUCCACUGUCCAAGGAGCCUGACUCAGCCUCGGGGCUGCCAGGGACAAUGAAGCUACCUGUGCUGUGUUGGGAGUGGGUGGUUGGUACAUGGUAUCAUCUCCUGCUGACGUUCAAACAGCUCCCCAUUCUAGACUCCAUCUUCCUCAAGAUUAUGGACUGAUGUUAAUGCUGCCAAUUGCAUCUUUGUCUUACCAUUCUACUGGGCAAUUUGAUUAAAUGCCCAUGCUGGCAUGAUUAAAUGUUCAUCAAGGAGGUGUCCCAUGUGUAUUGAAUAAAAGCUGGUGGAGCACAAGCUCUAAUCAACUUACCACUUAAUUACUAUUUAAUUCAAAAUUUGAAGCAGUUUUUUUAAGUCCUACACUCCACUCUACUGUUGUGUUUUCUUUCAGUGUUUUCAUAUCCGCAGCUACCUGCCUUGGGGUCACUUUUUGUCAUUUUAACAGCUACAGCAGUUUGAUCUGCCAUACCUGUCUGCUCUGGGACAGCACCUGCAGUCCUCGUGGGAUAUGCUGCUAUUCUCAACUUCUCUUUCUUUUCCCAUUUGCACAUAUCAUCCUUGAAAUCAUCUUCCUCUGAUAGCUCCCAAUCCAGCUCUCUCCAUCACUUCCUGCAGCUACUGCAGUUAUUUUUAAUUUUUGCAUCCCAAUCUGCUUUUGCAAGUGUCUAAUUUUAGGUUUGCAUUUACUAUGAUCAGGUCCCUUUUGAGCUCUCCCUUGCUCCAGGGUGAAUCACUGCACUAUAUAUGUUAAUCCCUCUCCUUACUUCUGCCGAUUUUCCUUCUCUUUUUCUAAAUUCAUCUGAUUCUCUAAUUGCCAUUGCACCUCUUUAUUGCCUUUUUGGGCCACUAGAUGGUAUUCAUUUUCUAAAGACAAACUUAUUUCAAGUCACUUGAUAGAUUCUUUUGAAACACAAUUUCCCCGGUGAAGCAGCUGAUACACUGAUGUUGCCUGGGCUCAGUCGGCACGGAUUAUUGUUGCCUCCCAUACCAAUCUCACUCAGAGCGGCAACGUAUCCUUAAUUCUCCCUUCAUCUGCUCUCCUGUAUCGGGGAACAUUUGGUCCCUAUCGCUCAUCAGCUUCCUGUGGGCUGGAGAGGCGCCCACAGCCCUUGCUGUAAUCUCUGAUAUUGUUGGGAUUUCCUGUAGCCCUCCAGUAUUUCUGUUUUUAGGCAUUUUCCUGAGUCUUUUUAGAUUUUUCCCAUGCUUUAAAUUUUAUCUUAAGGUAUCCCUUAAGGAUUGUACACAAAGCUGGUCAGAUUUGUGGAGUUGCCUUGAACAAGAUCAUUCAGAAGAAAAGAUUUUGGGGAUCUACCCAGUCACACCCUCCACCAAAAGUUGUUAUAAGUUCCCUUUUCCUGACAGUGGAGUAGAUUUGUAGGAUUAUGUGGCUGCUUGGAGCUAAGUAUGAGCUCAUGUCCUUUGGGGUGGGUCAUGGGAACCUUUAUGUCAUUUCCCCAGACCUCACCAAACACGGCUGCAAGUCACUAUAAAAAGUGACCCGGAGAAAGCCGAGGUGAUGGGUCAGCCCAGGCUAAACCCUCCCAUAGACAGAGCAUGGGCUGGCAAGGGAGGAAGAAAAGGAGAAACGCCUUCCUCUGAGCCAGGCCCCGCCGUACCCUCUGGUAUCUGCCUGUCCCAGUGCCUCGCUGAGUGGUCUCUCGUUGUUGUCGCUGCUGCUGCUGUGGGUGGAUCUGCCUGUCUGUCUCUCUGUGUAAAGAAAUACGAAACAGAAUUAUUUUUCAUUUUGGAAUCGUGCUGCUG